AUGGCGCUACUGGCAGGCGGGCUUAAAGCUCAACCACUUGUGUCCACUACGAAGCUCAAGAUUGGUCAAGUGCGUACUAUCAACCUGAAACGAGCAAACAGCGAAGAAGGCUCUCGGGAUGGUGAUGGCGAAGAGGCGUUGGGUGCCGGGCAAGAGGUCUCGUCGUCGCCCAGACUCACGAAAGCUCUUCCGCGACGCGUGGGCACGCUCGUUGACACGCCUGCAGCAGUCAACCCUGCGAAAGACGAGUCUGAAGGCAUGGAAGAUGCCGACCCUGGCUCGCUCUCUACACUCUCUUCUUUGUCGAGCUCGACCAGCGCCCAGAGCAAUCGCAGCGACACUUACGCGUUCGCCAAGUCCAUCGUCAAGGGCGAUGGUACACGGUCCUUUAGGCCAACCAAAGCCGUCGACGUUCCUGCCGUUCAUCAGCACAAGAAAUUUCGACUUCGACACCUCGUCACCAGCGAGUCCUCUCUACAUAUCAAGCUGCGGUCCGGGUAUUACGACAAGAUCCAGUCUGGGCUAGAUGCGAACGCAGAGAACGUCGGCUUUCUCGACGACCCCUCUAAACCCAAGGAACCAGAAGUCGAAGAUAGCGCUCUGGUAGCCGAGGAUAGCACCUACCUAAACCCGAUCUCUGAUGUUGGAGAAGACCACGAAAACGCUGGAGAAAAUGAAGAGGACGUCGGAGGGAAUGAAGAGAUCGUGCAAGAACCUCUUGUUCAGGACUCUCGCAUGGAUCGUUCUGGUACUCAGAGCCCUUCUCCCAACAUCAACCUCACAUCAACUGCCGAGGAUCGCGAGCAUGUUACUGCAGCGGACCCUGACUUGGAACACCUUAGUCCUGAGAUAUCUGCUACCCCUGCGAGCGGAAGAACCCAGAAGAUCAAGGGCUCUAGAGCUACGAAAAACUUAAAGCCACGCCGGACCGCCUCGAGUCGGCAGGAAUCCCGCGCCGCCGCAAACGCUCAGCGUGUCGCCUCACUUCGCCAUACCAAGGCCCGUGUCGUGGGAAAACGCCAGCAAUGGACCAUGGACUCAUCUCAGGAGAUCUCUAGCGCUGGUUCUCGUCGUUCUACACGCCAAAGCAUCCCGCAUUGGAAGCUACGCGAAGGCGUCACGCGGGACGAGUUGCCCGACGACGUCCGUGACAUGGAUGUUGAAGUGCACGGUUCAGAUCGCGAUGACAUCAUGUACGCCAGUGUCGAAUAUGACGAAACGAUGGACGAGUCCGCAUGGGAAACCCAGCUACUCCCGCAUCUACCCGUGCAUGAUACUGAGUAUGUGGAGCGGACCGAGGAGCAGUUUGGGAACGAUAACCGGGAGAUGGAUGUCAGCAACGUAGAUCAAAUCGAGCAAGGCAUCGCUGAGGAGCAAGUGGCCUACUCGCAGGAGGAGGGAGACGUUACGCGCGAGACCGAGAAGGACGCUAUGGGCGAGUGGGAGAAGCAAGACGCGCGGUUCGAUGUUGAGAACGAGCGGAUCGACCUUGAGGUGAAGGAACGCGUCGAAGGGAUUCCAAAUGAGCUUCGGCAGGGUGAUGGAAAGGCGCAAGAGAAGGAUGGACAGGAGGUACUGGUGCAGGAGCAGGCCGAGAGCGAUGCUGAGCGCGCUGAGCGGGAACGCAUCGAGAAGGAGCAGACUGACCGCGAGGCAACGGAGCAAGCUGAGCGAGACGCGAGGAAUGCUAAACGCAGGGAGAAGGAUAGGGCUGCACGAGAGGCGAAGAAGGCGGCUGAGCAAGCUAAACGGGAGGCGAAGAGGGUGGCUGAGCAAGCUAGACGGGAUGCGAAGAAGGCGGCUGCGAGGGAGAAGGCUGAACGCGAGGCGGCUGAGCAGGCUGAACAGGACGCGCGGGAGGCGAAUGAGCAGGCUGAACAAGAUGCGAGGGAGGCGGCCGAGCAAGCUGAACGCGAGGCGGCUGAGCAGGACGAACGAGAUGCGAGGGAGGCGAAGGAGCAGGCCGAGCGCGAGGCGGCCGAGCAGGCUGAACGCGAGGCGAAUGAGCAGGCUGAACGCGAGGCGGCUGAACAGGCCGAACGAGAUGCGAGGGAGGCGAAUGAGCAGGCCGAACGCGAGGCGGCUGAGCAGGCCGAACGAGAUGCGAGGGAGGCGGCUGCGGCUGCCAAGGCCGAGCGCGAGGCGAAUGAGCAGGCUGCACGGGAGGCGAAGAAGGCGGCUGAGCAGGCUGUACGGGAGGCGAAGAAGGCGGCUGAGCAGGCCGUACGGGAGGCGAAGAAGGCGGCUGAGCUGACUGUACAGGAGGCGAUGAAGGCGGCUGAGCAGGCUGAACGAAAGGCGAAGAGGGCCGCUGAGCAAGCUGCGACGGCCAAGGCCGAACGCGAGGCGAAUGAGCAGGCUACACGAGAGGCGAAGAAGGCGGCUAAGCAGGCUGAACGAGAGGCGAAGAGGGCGGCUGAGCAGGCUGCGACAGCCAAGGCCGAACGCGAGGCGAAUGAGCAGGCUGCACGGGAGGCGAAGAAGGCGGCUGAGCAGGCCGUACGGGAGGCGAAGAAGGCGGCUGAGCAGGCUGUACAGGAGGCGAUGAAGGCGGCUGAGCAGGCUGAACAAGAUGCGAAGGAGGCGGCUGCGACGGCGAAGGCCGAACGUGAGGAGGCUGAGCAGGCAGAACGAGACGCGCGGGAGGCCGCUGAGCAGGUCGCACGAGAUGCGAGGGAGGCGGCUGCAGCGGCCAAGGCCAAACGAGAGGCGGAGGAGCAGGCUGAUCGUGACAUGAGAGCCAGGCUCGAUGCCGACGAUGAGCGGAUCGACCGCCUAGUGCAGAAGGCUCUGGCGCAGGCGAAAGCCGAGAUCGCACAGGAGCGGCGGCGCAUGGAGGCGGAACUGGCGAACGAAAGGACACAGCUACAAGGCCUUCGGGACGCGGCACAACUUGAGCAAGAGCUCGCAGAGAAUGCCAAACGCGAAGCUCAGCGCAACUUGGACCAAUUAACGACUGAACGCAAUCGCUCCAAUACGGAUCAGCGCAUUCCUGAUGCAACACCCGUCUCGUCGUCGACAGAAGCUCCAGUACCACCUCCGGCACCGGCGCCGGAGCCGUCUGCACAGUCUCCAGCACCGCCAGCACCGUCUUCGGCUACCCAGCAGCGACCAUCGCCCAAUCCUCCUUUGGGCCAGUAUUCUCGCUCGCGGACUCGUGCUCGACAGUCACAGACCCAGCAACAGCCGACGCUGGUCAUCGAGCGUCUGAUGGCUCCUAAGGAAUUCCAUCGCCUUCUGAUGAUGGACGCCAGUUUGCUCACCCCGGACGUAUCCGUCAUCUCUCACGGUUCGACGUUAACGUUGUCUGGGUCGCAAGAGGAUGUUCGACGGGCGCUUCUUACAACACAAGCUCUGGUCGACAACUUCCCCAAUUUCCUCCCCAUCACAAUCAAAGGAUGCGAAGCCACCCUUACACCUGAAUCCAUCCGCACCAUCUAUGCAAAGACCAACUGUCUUGUGUCUGUCAUCGAAGGCUCGGUCGACAUCUGUGUGCAAGGACAACCCAAGGAUUUCAGCAAAGCUCUCGAGAUGGUGCGCGAACUAGGCUCUACAGUGUCCAGUGAGCAACCAGUACCAAGACCGUCGCCGUCAUCACAUGCGCAUCGCACGCCGCCAGUACCCCCCGCUCUUUCAACAGCCGACACUCCCCCACAACCUGUUCCCACCAGCCCUCGGCCUAUCUCCACACCGACUGGGCAAACAAGGUCGCGCCCAUCGCUAAACCCGGGCGAACUCUUCGGAGACUUAUUCCCCGCCGAGGAGGAACUGAUCCCUGAUCCGGCACCUGCAGUCGAUACAACCGUGGAGGAAGACCAGGAGAUGCGCGAUGCUACUGAGGGAGAUGAGCUUCCAGGAUCAAACACCUCGAAUUCUUCUCAACCCGCCGAUGGUGACCCUGCGACUUCUAACCGGACUCCGGAGUCGGCUGCGCCGGCGCAGGAGACUCGAUUACCUCGAACGGGCACGCAGGAUUUCGUAACGAGAGAAGAGUUCCAAGCGUUCCAAGCGCGCGUUGACCCCGAUCGCCGCGCUGGCGAAGAAGCUCUCCGGAAAGCCACUCUCAAAGCGCAACGUAUUGCGCUUCCGAAGUCUCGACGUAAACCUCGAGGCUCUGCGGCGAAUCAGCUUCGCGCUGUUUUACGCGCGGUAGUAGCAACUCUGCUGGAACGUACAGACAAGCAGGCACCAUUUCCGGCGCAUAAGGUACCGACCCCGGGUCAAAUAAGUGCGUACGCCAAGCACGGGAUCGGCGGACCUACGAUGGACAAUUGGAGAGUGGACCCCACCACGCCGUUCAGUUCAAAGUGGAAUCAGGAGGCUGGUCUUGUUCUGAUGAAGCUCCUGCUCGAGAACGGACACAUCACUCAACAGGAGCGCUCGGAAGCUUGGAAAUGGUUUGCUAAUCAUCACGACGGUACUCUCAGAGAGCACUAUAUCGCGUACAAUCUCGGCAAUGAGCGACGGCUCGCGGUCAACAGGUAUAGGUCCGCGCAGACUCAACGCCGAGAGACUUUGGGCCGGACUCGUAUCACUGUAUGUCUGGCUCACGCGGACCUCGCCGAAGUGGGAGCAGCCCUUUCCGAAGCCGGCCCGAGGUCCAAUGUCCACAGUGACGAUGAAGAGGAUCAUCAAUCCACCACCGCUCGUUAUCGAGCCAAGGACAAGUAUUGGCGGUCCAAGAAGGCACGCAGAUAUUUCCGCUCGUGCGACUUGCUCCAUUUUAAGGACAAGUACGAUGAGAGCGGCCUCCACCGUACGGCGCCAGGUAAUUGGUUCCGAGAGCGCGUACCCGGAGCUAUCCUGGACGUUGAGGUUGAUGAGCCUGAACCUGGUCUUCCCGCCAACUUCUAUGAGCCGGAAUGGGUCGCGAAGCAAAAGCCUGAGCGUUUGGCAACGUUGGAGAUGAAAGCCGACGUGCCACUAGACUUCCCACUGGAUUUGCGCAUACAGGCCGCCCGGGUCUUGGGUAUCCUUCGUGUGGAUGGACCCGUAUCUGACUGGCGAACUCUUCGUAUCAGCCAGGCAGAACUCGACAUGCUGGAUGUUUACCUCGACACAGGUCGCCUCCCGCCCGCAACCUAUGGGGAGGCAAGAGCACGGUGA